UCAGUGUCAUCUUUGCUUUCCUCGUCUAUUAGAAUAUAACUGAUUUUCAAUAAACAAAUUAUAUUCCGAGUAUACAUGAUGUAAUAAGAAUACUUAAGUUUGCAUUUCGAUUAGUUUAAUUUAAUCUUAACUAUCACGGAUUGAUUUACAGUGUGGUUUAGUAGACUUAAAUAGUCUUGUGGGUUACUUGUAUUGAUCACAAAGGAAGGAAACUGAUCUAAAGCUGCUGAAUCAUGUUUAGCGUUUUUACACGAGUUUCUACAUGUCUGUGAUUCUACUGGUCUAUUAAGCUACUUAUAUUGUUCAACAGUAUUUGUUAGGUCGUUAAAUUCAAUUUGAAGCCAGAAAAGGGCUCAAUUGAGGUUAUAGGUUAUGUUUGGUUACUUUAGGGCUUGGCAAGGGGCCCAGCUUAGUUGGUUUGGUCAUCUCACGUAAGAUAUAUCAUGUUUUUGUGGGAUUGGUUCACCGGAGUUCUUGGAUAUUUAGGUUUGUAUAAGAAGUCUGGCAAAUUGCUUUUCUUGGGCUUGGAUAAUGCUGGCAAAACAACGCUGCUUCACAUGCUAAAAGAUGACCGUCUUGCGCAGCCAGUUCCCACCCUGCAUCCAACUUCAGAAGAGCUUUCUAUUGGCAACAUGAGGUUUACAACAUUUGACCUUGGAGGCCACACACAAGCUCGCAGAGUGUGGAAGGACUAUUUCCCUGCAGUAGACGCCAUUGUGUUCCUAGUGGAUGCUUGUGACAGAGAGAGGCUGCCUGAGAGCAAGGCAGAGUUAGACAGUCUGUUGACAGACGAGUCCCUGUCCAGCUGUCCCGUCCUUAUCCUGGGGAACAAGAUAGACCGAGCAGGUGCUGCAUCGGAGGACGAGCUACGUGGUUUCUUCAACCUUUAUGGCCAGACCACAGGCAAGGCAAAGGUCCCCAGGAGUGAACUCCCCACACGACCUCUAGAGCUGUUUAUGUGUUCAGUGCUCAAGAGACAAGGGUACGGUGACGGCUUCCGCUGGCUGGCCGAGUACAUUGACUGAUAUG